UAUUUAGUAAAAUAUGUUGGCACACAUCAUGCAUAAUAAAUACAUGUACAUAUAAAAAUGUAAAUGCAUUUAAGAUAUACGUACAUUUGAUYAUUUUGUAUUCACUUGUAGAUUCUUUACAGGAGGUGUAUACUGUAUAUACAGAUAGAAUAAUCAUCUCCUCACCUUGUUUUUUCUUCAUCCAGAUCCCAGAGACCCUAACUCCUAAAGAGAAACCUGGUGGUCCAAAGAACGACAGGGCACAGUUGUCUAUCCCAGCAGCCUUUGCCRCAGGAUCCAAAUAUAAAACAGAUUCUCUGGAACAACAUGCCAAAGAACAGGCGAUUGCUCUUUGGAUUGGACGAACAGGUCUACCUGCUUGCACAGCUGAGGAUGAAGAUUUCAUCCUUAUGAUGGAGRCCUUUGAUAAGAGGCUGACCAUACCCAAAAGAACAAAAAUUAACAACUUGGUUGAUUGAUUUAUGAUGAUGAAAAGCAAAAGUACAGAGAGAGGCUUGCCACAGCACGCAAAAUAACAGUUGGACUGGACAUAUGGACCAAAAAAGGCCUUACAGCAUUAUUUCUGGCAAUUAGUACAUGUUUUUUUUAGCACUGUUGAAAACAAAGCACAGCACAUACUGUUGAGACUUGACCAGCUCCCUCACCCACACACUGCAGAGUGUAUAAAAACUCAUGUUGACAAAUGCACUGCGGACUGGGAAUACCGCAACACAAAAUUUUGACAGUCAUAACUGAUAACGGAAGCAACAUGAUUGCUGCGUUCAAAGCUAAUGAACCGGAUGAACUCAUUAGCUCUGAGGAUGAAUCCAUCAAGAUGAGCGACACUGAAGACUCUGAAGUGAUUGGACAAGACCAGAGGUUUGGAGCCAUAGAUAGGACCCCAUGUGUUGUACACACACUGCAACUCGUGGUGAACAUGAUCCAGAAAGAUGCAAGUAUAAACCGACUACUGGGCCAAGUUAGACUGCUUGUCGAGCUCUUUCUCAAGUCAUCAGUGGCAAUUCAGCGUUUGCUCCAGGUAUGUCAACUAACUGUGGUCAGUGACUGCCCUACUAGAUGGUCCAGCACAUAUCUGAUGGUAUCACGACUUCUCCAAAUGGACUUAGUAGUUCAAGUUGCAGAUGAGAUGAGCUGGGACUAUCUACUGCCAAGUGAGUGGCAGAAGUUGACUGCUCCACGAGAUUUACUUCUCCCCUUGGCUGAGCAUACCCAGAUGCUCCAAAGCGACUCACAGUCUUUAUCCCUUGUGUUGCCUGCCCUUCUGGACUUGCAGGGUCACCUGUCUGAGUUCCCCACUGCUCAGGGUUCUAGCUUCAAGGACCUAGCUUCCCUGGCAAAUACGAUGAAGGCAAACAUGGAGAAACGGUUCGGCUGCUUUCUUGAUCACACUGAUUCUAAGUUUUCACCCCUCAUUGCUGCUGCUUGCUACCUCGACCCAACAGUUGCACCUGAAGCACUCCUUGAAAAUGAUGACGAGCAAAGUGAGGCACUUCUGGGAAAAGCAGAAGAGUACAUAGCUCAGUUGGUGCCACCAGUUUUACAGGAAGAUGAGAAGCCAGGGGAGGAGGGAGAGGAGGAAUCCAAAGAGGGACCACAGAGAAAGCGACCCAGAUUCAAGUUUUUGUUUAGUCGGCCAUCCAGAUAUGGCUUCUCAAAGCCGUGUGUCAUGCAGGAAAUGAAGAAAUUCAAGGAGCAGCUGUCACAGCCUACAAACCAAGAGACUGCCCUUGAUUUUUGGGCUGCACAGGGAGAUUCUGUUUAGCCAAGCCUAAAACCAAUUGCUUUAGAUCUUCUGUCCAUGCCAGCAUCUCAAGCAUUUGCUGAGAGGGUCUUUAGUGUUACAGGUGACCUCAGUCGUGGCCGUCGAAAGAGAGCAAGAGUCAUUUUAGCUGAAUCGAGGUCGUUAAACUUCAUUUGCAUACCCACCUUGUUACCAAGCUGUUACAAUUAUUAGUGCAGGUGAACAUGUGUUAAAAUAAUGUUCUGUUUGGACUUCUUGCAACACUGCACAAGGGGUAGGGUCCUCAUCUGAACAAUGUUGUUAAUCAAUUAUGUUGUUUAUUUAUUUUAUUUACUUUAAAGACCCAACACAAUGUGUACAGUACUGUAUUUACAGUGUUCUGGGGUUGCCUUAUUUAAAUUACAUUUCAAAACUUCUAGUGUCAUGUUUCAUACUUUGAUAAGAGAAUUAAGAGACUUUAUAACUUUGGUUUAGAAUGUUUGCACAAGUUUAAUAGUCURCUAAGUUUAGGACUGCAUGAUGUCCGUUUUUAUUUAUUUUUUGUAUUUAUUUUUAUUUAUGCAUCUUCAUCGUCCUGGCUGACAAGUUUGAGUUGAACAUGUGUGUUAAAAUAAAGCCAAAAAGUGAGAAAGUUUUUGUUUUGGGCAUUUUUAGAGU